CAGACACGACUAGAAUAUGAUAUUGUGCGGCUGACUAUGCAUCUCGAGGUUUUCAUGUCGAGGUAAUUCAUCCCCGUACAACUCAGCUUAUUGGCAACCCGCCAACUGACAUGGCUGGCCACAGCACACAACGCCAAAAGCAACUCUCUCGGCUCGCUAUCAUCAUCAUUGUUAUCCUGUUCGCUGCUGUGCUGGCACGCCAACUAUUCAGAUCAAAAGCAACCCUUCGCGAUGAACAUCCUCGUGCCCGUAGCCCUCACACUUUCAUCGAGGGGCGCUGGAAAGACGUGCGGACGUCACUGGGCUUACCUCCUCUUCCUGACACCAUCAACCAAUCGGCUGCCAUUCUGCCACCGUCGACACUGCACCGCACAGGAAAGCUCCCCUCGCGCUUCGAUCUCCGUCGGAAACGUGCCGAAGCAGACCUUCAAAGUCAGAACAGGCUUCACCUCGCUGCCGAUGUAAGAGAUGCACCUCGCGUAUCAGUACAAGCACUAGCUGCGUCAUUCCGCCGCAUUGCAGCAGCCGAGAAAGAGAUAGCAGAGAUGCGAAGCAAACAUGAGAAGUCGGGACAAAAGGCACGGAUCCAGAGACGUAUUGAGGGUUGGCAGGACCCAAUAAAUGCAAAAGAUGUAUUGACUAAUGACUAGAACUCAGUUGACAAUCGUACCAGCAAUCGAGUAGACAUUAUACGAUCGACAAUGUAUGACAGCGAUGAUUACUAUCACUCCUCCUUGGCUGGAACAGGCUCCGCGCCACCAUCUGUCUUAAUCUUCAUCCAUGCAACAAAGUCAUCGAGUAACGAUGGCCAAGCCUAGGGAGUUUAGUAUACGCAUGGUUACCACGCAGUAUGAAUCUGAUGUGACAUACCCCAUCAGCCUCAUAAUUAGACAAGGAAGGGUCCACAACGCGGCAGAACUCGUGGACCUAUCCCG